ACGUGUUGGUAAAAAAGAAGCACCGAAAUACUGAAACUGAGAAUAAGAGUGGCUUAUUAAUUGGUCAGGUCUGCUUGUAUUUCAUAGGUUUUGGAGGAAACAAUGACAGAAAAACAAGUGGAUGGCGAGGAUGAUUACAUGUCAGAUGCUUUCAUUAACGUUCAACAGGAUGUCAGGCCUGGAAUACCCCUGCCUAGGCACAUUAGGGUGGCUUUUCAUAAGGACAAAAAGAAAAAGGAGCUCCUGGAAAAAAACAAGCAGAAGAGUGUAAAAGAAGAAGAGAAGGAUCGGCGAAAUCAGAUGUUAGGCACUUCCCUAGGAAGUGAAAACAAAGGCUUUGCAUUGCUACAGAAAAUGGGAUACCAAACUGGGCAGUCAUUGGGCAAAAGUGGGAACGGCAUUAUUGAACCAAUACCACUGAAUGUUAAAACAGACCGAACAGGAAUAGGACAUGAUGAAGUGAGAAAACGGAAGGCCGAGGAGAAACUGGAAAGUAUCAGAAAAAGGUUGCAGGAGAAAAAACAAGAGGAAGAAGAAUUCAGGUUAAGAUUACAGCGUCAACAGGAAGAACGCAAGGUGGCUGGAGACCUCAGGAAAAGUCAAUGUGCAUGUCUUGAGCUAGAUAAGCAGAAGGAUAUAACAGUACCAGAACAGUCAUGGUACUGGCCAAAAUUAUUUGUUGCAGAUGAAGAGGAAGAGGAGGAGGAGGAAGAGGAUUAUGAGCAGGAAGAAGAUGAAGAAGAUGAAGAGGAUGAAGAAUAUGAAUCUUUAACUCCUCUUGAUAAAUUGAGAGCUCUGACUGCUUACUUGAGAGAGACUCACUUUUACUGUGUCUGGUGUGGGACAACUUAUGAUGAGCAGCAGCAGCAAUCCGCGGUGGUGGUGCUGCGGUAG